AUGUCUUUCGUCCAGCGCCGCAUGUUCUCCGCCUCGGCGAGAAGCCUCUCCAAGGUCACCGUUCUCGGUGCCGCCGGUGGUAUUGGCCAGCCCCUCUCCCUGCUCAUGAAGCUCAACCCCAGAGUCACUGAGCUCGCUCUCUACGAUAUUCGUGGAGGCCCUGGUGUCGCCGCCGACAUCUCCCACGUCAACACCAAGUCCGUUGUCAAGGGCUACGACCCCACAGCCACCGGCCUCGCCAGCGCUCUCAAGGGCGCCGAGGUUGUCCUCAUCCCCGCCGGUGUCCCCCGCAAGCCCGGCAUGACCCGUGACGAUCUCUUCAACACAAACGCCUCCAUCGUCCGCGACCUCGCCAAGGCCUGCGCCGAGUCCUGCCCCGACGCCAACAUCCUCGUCAUCUCCAACCCCGUCAACUCCACCGUCCCCAUCGUCUCCGAGGUCUUCAAGGCCCGCGGCGUCUACAACCCCAAGCGCCUCUUCGGUGUCACCACACUCGACGUCGUUCGCGCCUCCCGCUUCGUCUCCGAGAUCAAGUCCACCGACCCCAAGGACGAGAACAUCACCGUCGUCGGUGGCCACUCUGGCGUCACCAUCGUCCCCCUCUUCUCCCAGUCCAACCACCCCGACCUCUCCUCCAACGACGAGCUCGUCAACCGCGUUCAGUUCGGUGGUGACGAGGUCGUCAAGGCCAAGGACGGCGCUGGCUCCGCCACCCUCUCCAUGGCCUUCGCCGGUGCCCGCAUGGCCGAGUCCCUCCUCCGCGCCUCCCAGGGCGAGAAGGGCAUCGUUGAGCCCACCUUUGUCGACUCUCCCCUCUACAAGGACCAGGGCAUCGACUUCUUCUCCUCAAAGGUCGAGCUCGGCCCCAACGGUGUCGAGAAGAUCCUUCCCCUCGGCAAGGUUGACGCCGCUGAGGAGAAGCUCCUCGAGGCUUGCUUCGCCGACCUCAAGAAGAACAUUGCCAAGGGUGUUGCCUUUGUCGCCUCCAACCCCCCCAAAUAA